AUGAACUUUCCACAAGACGAAUUCAACCUCCUUUCGGGAUUGGGAUACGAACCAACCAUGGAAGAGCAGAUGGCAGAAGUCAAGACACAAGAAGCCACCCCGGAAGUGGCAACAAUUAGUGCUGCUGCAACCGCAGCUUCCGCUACCAAACCAAAGAAGGGGCUAACUCAGUUGUCCCCCAACUUUGUCCCAACUAACUACUCUGUUAUCUUGGGACGAGGCAAGGGCGCAUACAACUACGUAGGCAACAAGCGAUGCCGAGUAAUCGUCAAGAGCUUCCUUGGUGAAUACAACAAAUGCAACACCAGACAGGAACGGUCUGUCCAGGUUACAAAAGUCCUUGAAAUCAUCCGAGAAGCAUGCCCCAUCGGAGCAUUUGUCAAGAACGAAAACGGAUCCUGGUAUUCGGUUGACGAGAAGAUUGCACGAGAGAAGAUCUUCACAAUGUUCAGGGACUGUCAAAACUCGCAAGCCAGGAGGUCUUCCUCUUCUUCGCUUCGUUCAUCACUCCGAUCGACUUCCUCAUCUCCUCACAAAAUGACAGCGAGUCCAUCCGUCCAGGUCAGCUUCCCUGAACCACAACCGGUGGUUUCAGAAAACCUCAAAAAGCCUUUGACCAGCAUUUCCGCAUCUCGAGAAGAACCCGCUGUCGACCACCUUCCGCCUCCUGCAGAUAUCUUCGAGCCCAUCAUGUUUGAUGACGAGGAUAGCCUGGGUGAAAGCCUGGGUUCCAACUGUGGCUCCUUCUAUGACAUUGACUCCUGCAGCCUCUGCACCAUUUGA